UGUUCCCACAUUCUACAAAGCCAACGACCAAAACAUACGUAAACAGAUCCUCUUUAUAUUUGUAGCCAUGAAGAUUCCGAGCACCGUAGUAUUAAUGAGGAAGACCGAAAAGGACUUCAACGACCCUGAUGACAAAUGGUCAGCCUUGCACGAUGCCGGAAAAAUAUUGUUUCUUCAGAAAAAGGUUUCCUUGAAGCUCAUUAGUGCUGAUAUCGUCGAUUCCAACCCUAAAAAUAAAUAUGGAGGAAAGAUAGGAUCAGAGAUUCACUUAAAAGGAUGGAAUAACAGAAGCGCUUACUUGGAAGACAGAACAUUCCAUGUUUACUUUGAGUGGGACGAAGAUUUUGGAACACCAGGAGCUGUCUUGGUCCAUAAUCCAUAUGAAAGUGAAUUCUACCUCAAAACCAUCACUCUUCAAGAUGUUCCUGGUCGAGGUCCCAUCCACUUCCUUUGUAAUUCUUGGGUUUACCAAAACCAAGGGAGCCGUAUUUUCUUCUCUACCAAGGCAUAUCUUCCACGUGAUACCCCAGAAGCACUUCGUAAGUGUAGAGAAGAAGAGUUGAGAAUGUUGAGAGGAAAUGGAGAAGGAAAGCUUGAGGUAUGGGAUCGAGUUUAUGAUUAUGCUGUGUACAACGAUUUGGGAAGGCUCCCUGUUCUCGGAGAUUCCCAUGAGUAUCCUUAUCCUAGGAGAGGAAGAACCGGUCGGCCGAUAUUAGAUCACAAGGAAAAGACGGAGAGCAGAAACUUUAAAUACGAUCAGUUUAAUAUUUACGUCCCUAGAGAUGAACAAUUCAGCCGGCACAAGAAAUCGGAAUUCCGAGAUAAUAAGUGGAAAAGCUUGAUUCAUGCAGUGUCUCCUGUAAUUGAAGCUUACAUUCGGGACGAGUUCGAAUCUUUUCAAGAAAUAAAUAACGUGUACGACGAUGGAACUUCUAAUGUUUUUGAUUCUUUCACCAGUGGCUUUUUCAGGGCUAUUUCUCGCAAAGGAAAAUUUCCAUUGCCUCAAGUCAUUAAAGAGGACCGGGCUGCAUGGGGUAGGGAUGAAGAAUUUGCUAGAGAAAUGAUUGCCGGUUUGAACCCUCUUCUCAUUCGUCUUCUCAAAGAACAUGAAUUCCCUCCACUUAGCAAGCUAGAUCCUGAAUUUUAUGGUAAUCAAAACAGUUGUAUUACAAAACAGGAUAUCCAGUCUAACUUGGAUGGACUUAGUGCUGAACAGGCACUGAAGAACAAGAGGUUGUUUAUAUUGGAUCAUCAUGAUUCGGUGAUGCCGUAUCUUCGGAAGAUAAACAAGGAAACUAAAACAAAGACUUAUGCAUCACGGACACUUCUCUUCUUGAGAGACGACAACACGUUGAAACCGGUGGCGAUCGAGUUGAGCUUGCCGAAUGAAAAAGGAGAUAAGUUUGGUGCUGUUAGUAAGGUGUACACUCCAACACAAGAUGGAGUUGAGGGUCAUAUUUGGCAGUUAGCUAAAGCCUAUGUAGCUGUGGUUGAUACUGGUCAUCAUCAACUAAUAAGCCACUGGUUGAACAGUCAUGCAGCUAUAGAGCCAUUCAUUAUUGCAACAAACAGGCAGCUGAGUGUGGUUCAUCCAAUUUAUAAACUACUGCACCCACACUAUCGUGACACGAUGGCUAUUAAUGCGUUAGCCAGGGAAGUUCUAGUGAAUGCAGGUGGAGUGUUAGAGACAACAUUUUACACAGGGCAAUAUUCCAUGGAGAUGUCAUCGGUAAUUUAUAGAAGUUGGAAUUUCAUGGAGCAAUCACUUCCUAAUGAUCUCAAGAAAAGAGGAAUUGCAGAUGGUGAUAUAAACUCCCUCAAAGACCUUGACAAACUAGUAAUAGAAGAUUAUCCAUAUGCUGUGGAUGGGUUGAAGAUAUGGUUUGCAAUUAAAAAGUGGGUCAGUGACUACUGUUCCUUCUAUUACAAGGUAGAUGGAAUGGUCCAAGAAGACCCUGAACUUCAAGCAUGGUGGAAAGAACUUCGAGAGGUAGGUCAUGGUGACAAGAAAGAUGAACCCUGGUGGCCUAAAAUGCAAACACGUGAAGAGCUGAUAGAAUCUUGCACUAUUAUCAUAUGGUUAGCCUCUGCUUUCCAUGCAGCUGUCAACUUCGGACAAUACGCCUACGGAGGCUACUCUCCGAACCGUCCAACAGGGAGCCGUCGGUUCAUGCCUGAGAAAGGUACCCCUGAAUAUACUGAGCUUGCGAACAACCCAGAGAAGGCUUUCCUCAAAACAAUAACUCCACAACUAACAUGCCUCCAAGGGAUGACAUUGGUAGAAACUCUAUCACAACAAUCAUCAGAAGAGGUGUAUCUUGGAACACGAGAAGAUAAUUGGACGACAGAUAAAGAACCAUUGUCGUAUUUCAAGGCAUUUCACGACAGACUUGCUGAAAUUGAAGAUGAAAUCACAAGCAUGAACGAGGACGGGAAGUGGAAGAAUCGUGUAGGUCCGGUCAAGGUGCCGUACACUUUGUUGUUUCCAACCGGUGAAGUUGGACUUCCUGGCAAGGGAAUUCCGAAUAGCAUAUCAAUCUAAAUAGACUGAGCUAAGUGGCAUGCAUCAUUAUACUAAAUAAGUGUUGCUGGCAUUACAACACAUCAUCGUAUUGCUGCCCAAAUUUGUGUUAGUCAGUGUCAUGUUCUUUAUGCUUCCUGGGUGUGUUUUGCACGUUUCUUUGAGAUUUAUAUAUAUGCACUCUGCUUCUUGUAAUUUGCUUGAGUACUUCAAUAGUACAAUGUGUAUUGUGUGGUA